AUGUGGGGGCGGGCGGGCAGCGCGCGCGCUCCGCGGCCGCCAAGCCUCGCGAGACGGAGGCCGUCACGGGCCGGGCCAACUGUCGCCGCUGGUUACGGGGUUGCGGCCGGGUGUCAUCGUGGGCGCCGCUUGGUGGGUCGCGGAGGCCGACUUUCCGGUCGCCUUGCGUAUUUCCCUCAGAGAGCGAAGGCGCGUCAGAUGCCCGGCAAGCGGAGUGGUGACAAUGAGGACCCACAGAAGGUUAAACGGCCUCGCGGGCGGCCGCCCGGUCCCAAAGCCAGGCUGUCGGCUGCGGCGAGGGCGGCGGUGGUGGAGGCCGCCGCGGCUUGGGCAGCGGCCGAGGCCACCCCAGGCGGCGCGGAGGCUAUGGGCAUCCUGCUUCCGGGCCAGACACGAAUCAAGAGGAGGCGGAGGGUCAUGCCUCUGGAAGACAAGAUGAAAAUUCUCGAGAAGCUGGAAGAAGGCGUGAGUAACACCGACGUGGGGCGCCUGUUUGGCGUCAACGAGUCAACCGUGCGCACCAUUAAGAAAAACGAGAAGGCCAUCAGGGCCAGCAUGGAGAGUGUUUCGCCGGUGUGCUCCAAGGUGCUGUGCAUUCCCCGUGACGUAAACAUCGAGAAGAUGGAGACCGAGUUAACCUUCUGGGUGGAGGACCAGACCAUAGGGGGCCGGCCUCUGACGCUGAAGGCCAUCUGCAGCCAGGCCAAACGCAUUUACAAGCAGCUGGUCGAAACCACUGGGAACGGCAACCCGGAUAAGUUUCAUGCGAGCAAGGGAUGGUUUGAGAAGUUUAGAAAUCGCUACAGUCUGCGAAAUUCGAGGUUGAUGGGGGAGGAAGAACCCCUGAAUGCCCAGUCGGCACCGAAGUAUUCCAAACAACUCCAGAGACUGAUCAGAGCCAGAGGCUAUGUGCCUCAACAGGUCUUCAACGCCGAGGAGAUGAGCCUGUUUUGGAAGUGCAUGCCUUCACGUACUUUUAGGGAAAAAGACAAAAAUCCCGAAAGCUUAGAGGAAGCUAAGGACAGGAUUUCCCUCAUUUUUUGUGCCAACGCCGCCGGUGACAAAAUGAUAAAACCCUUGCUGCUUUAUAAAGACCCCAAUCCCACUUGUCUUUUGGAAAAAGAUAAAAACCGCCUUCCUGUGUUCUGGCGAUCACACCCCAAAGUAUCAUUAACUGCUGCCCUCUUUUUGGAUUGGUUUCAUAAUUGUUUUAUCCAUCAGGCCCGGAGUUAUUUAAUAGAAAAAAAUCUUGAGUUCAGAGUGUUGCUAAUUCUGGACAGAGGUCCCAAUCACCCAGACUCAUUAUUCUUUGCUCAUCCUAAUGUUGAUAUUGUGUUCCUCCCUCUGGAAGGCACUAGCUAUCUUCAGCCCUUGGACCAGGGUAUAAUUGAAGCAUUCAGGAGGUAUUACACUAAGCAUAUGUUUGACCACUUUGCUGACUGUAUUGAAAAAAACCCCUGUCUUACUUUGAAAGAAUCAUGGCAACAGUACAACAUUGCUGAUGCUUUGGUAGUGAUAAAAGAGGCAAUGGAUGAUAUAAAACCGGCUGCUCUUAAUAAAGCCUGGUGGAAACUUUGGGAUGAUGUUGUGAAUGAUUAUGCAUGUUUCCCUAGAGCUAAUGAAGAAGUUGCAAAAAUCGUAGAGUCUGCAAAACGGAUGGACUUUAAAUUCCUUGACAUUGAAGAGGGUGAAAUUAAUGAGCUGCUCAAGUUUCAGGCUUUGGCCAUAACUGAGAGAGAGUCUGUAUCAAUAAAUACGGAAGAAGACAAGUCCCCGGAACCAGAGGUAAAGAUGAAUUUAAGGAAAUUGAAUGCUGUCUUACGCCAGGCCUCAGACCUCAUUGAUGCUGCAAUUGAUAUGGAUCCUUUCCUGGACCGAAGUUUGGCCUUUAAAAAAGACUUCAAUAAAUUGUUAUAUACCUAUAAAGAGGUACAGAAGAACCUUCAAAAUAAAGCAAAGGAGUUGAAGAAAGAAAAAGACACAAACAAAGAGGAAGUAGUGUGGAUGAAGAAGAUGGAUACAGAAUCAGAGUCUGAAGGGGAGUCUGAAUCUGAAUCCGAGUCUAAAUCCGAAUCUGAAUCCCAUAAGGAGGAGCAGGUAGAGAGAAGGAAAGAGGACAAGAAGCCUCCAGAAGAAGAUCCUGGACCCUCAAGCAGUGGCACUGAGACUCUCACUAUAUCUGAAGAAUCUGCCAAAGCCAUAAAUGCAGAAUUGGACUUUUGGAAUCUAACCUUGGAAUUGAAUCUGGAGAGAGUAGAUGUGCCUGAGUUAAAGGAAGAGAAUCCAGAGGCAGUUCCUUCCAAAUGACAGUUCAUCUCUUGCCAUUUUUCCCCUGUUGCCCCAACAUCUCCCUUCAUCAUGACCAUCCUUAUCAUCACCAGCCACACAUCCGUAUCAUUUAGUCAUUCAACAAACAGUUAUUGAGCAUAAGCUCUGUGGGGUCCUGUGCUAAAAUUGGGGACAUCAUCUCAGGAAAUCAUCUCGGGAUCUAAGAUCCUGACAGCUUCUUUCCUGUCAUACCCCAUAUUCAGGACCCUUAGCCUGCGGCUCCAUUCAGCUGUCACCGGCAGCUAUGUUUCCGGCACUUACUCCAUCGUCUUUGUCAACUGUCCCAAUGAGCAAAUUGCCAGAGAUAUUGCCAGGUACUUUUGGAAUGGAGAAAUCGAAGAAGCCACUGAAAUCCUGUUGCUAAUAAAGACAAAGACUUCCAAGGUCCACGUGCUAUCCAGC